ACUGCUGAGGCUGUGAGGUCUGUCUCCUCUGAAGUGUCUAGUGACCUCAUAAUUCAAGUGAAAGGAAGCAGAUAUCUGCUUCACAAGUUUCCUCUGCUAUCCAAGUGUUUGCGGCUGCAAAGGCUAUGCUCUGAAUCUCCUGAAACAUCACAGCACCAGAUAAUCCAGGUCCCUGAUUUUCCGGGAGGAGUUGAAGCAUUUGAACUGUGUGCAAAGUUUUGUUAUGGCAUUACAAUCACUCUCAGUGCUUAUAACAUUGUAGCUGCAAGAUGUGCUGCCGAGUAUCUGCAGAUGACAGAGGAUGUUGAGAAAGGCAACCUAAUCUACAAGAUUGAAGUGUUCUUCAAUUCCUGCAUCCUUAAUGGCUGGAAGGAUUCUAUUGUCACUUUGCAAAGCACCAAGGCCUUCCCCUUGUGGUCAGAAGAUCUUGGCAUCACAAGCAGGUGUAUCGAAGCUAUUGCUUCCAAGGUCCUUACUCACCCCUCUAAGGUGAGCUUGUCACACAGCCAUUCACGGAGGGGAAGGGAUGACAUGUCUUGCAACGGGGCCGAGAGCCAGAGACAUAAACUGGCAAGCAAGGGAUGGUGGGCUGAAGACAUGGCAGAAAUUGGUAUAGACCUUUAUUGGAGAACCAUGAUAGCGGUUAAAUCUGGUGGGAAGAUACCCUCUAAUCUCAUUGGUGAUGCAUUAAAGAUAUAUGCCUCUAGAUGGCUACCCAACAUAUCAAAAGCUGGAAAUAUUAUUUGUAACAAAGGGGGGUCAUCCGAUUCAGAUUCAGACUCUGCUAGUGAGAUUUCUUCAAAGCACAGGUUGCUAUUGGAAUCAAUAGUCAGCUUACUCCCGGCAGAAAAGGGUGCUGUCUCUUGCAGUUUUCUACUUAAACUCUUAAAGGCAGCCAAUAUUCUUAAUGCUUCCUCUUCUUCUAAGAUGGAAUUGGCAAGAAGGGUGGGACUCCAGUUAGAGGAAGCAACAGUUAAUGAUUUGUUAAUACCCUCUUUGUCAUACACAAAUGAUAUGUUGUAUGAUGUAGACAUGGUCAUGGCUAUAUUAGAGCAGUUCAUGUUACAGGGGCAGAGUCCCCCAACAAGCCCCCAAAGAUCCAAGCUGGGGUUUGAAAGGAGACGUUCUCGCUCAGCGGAGAAUAUUGAUCUUGAGUUUCAGGAGAGUAGGAGAUCUUCUUCAGCAUCACAUAGCUCAAAACUAAAGGUGGCAAAACUUGUGGAUGGAUAUCUUAAAGAGAUUGCCAGAGAUGUGAAUUUGCCUCUGUCAAAGUUCAUUGCACUAGCUGAGACCAUACCAGAUUUCUCAAGGCUUGAUCAUGAUGACCUCUACAGGGCCAUUGAUAUUUAUCUCAAGGCACAUCCAGAUUUAAGCAAGAGUGAAAGAAAAAGGCUCUGCCGGAUCCUGGACUGCAAAAAACUCUCUGUGGAGGCUUGCAUGCACGCCGCACAAAAUGAAUUGCUUCCACUAAGGGUCGUAGUACAAGUUCUCUUCUUUGAGCAAGCCAGAGCAUCGAUGGCCGGUGGCAAAGUAACUGAACUGCCUAGCAACCUCAAAGCACUUUUAGCUUCCCAUAAUAUGGAUCCUUCAAAGCUCACAGCACCAUUAAGCACCACUACUAGCAUUCAAGCAGACGAUCAAUGGAGUGUUUCAGGCCUAAAAUCACCUAAGUCAAGGAUUUCAACAUUAAGAAUGAAGCUGGCUGAAGACGAUGAGGUGGAUGUAAACGGUAUGCACCCAGAUGGGAUUGGACGAACUUCUAAGUUUAAAGCUUUCUGCGCAAUCCCCACAAGACCCAAAAAGAUGUUCGGUAAGUUGUUGUCGAUCAAUAGAAGUUCAAGCGAAAAGAACUGAAUGAUUUCAUUUACUUAAGGUUGGGACGAUGGUAAUUUGAAAGGGUAACAUAUACUCGUCUUUUUUUCUUUUUGUCGUUAAGAAAUGCCUUGUAAUUUUAGCAGAAAAGUAAAAGAACCUCAAUGUGAAUUGUUGAUGUGAUCUAAUAUAAUAAGAAUUAAUAUUUUCAACGCAUGA